AUGUCGAGUGCAGACACUGAUACAACAUUGUAUAUUCGUAGAAAACAUUCACCUCCCCCUAGUGUUCUUUUAUUAACAAAACCAAAUGAUAAUAAUUAUGAUUAUAGUAGUAUUAUUUCAAAUGGCACUCAUCAGCCAACAAAUAUUAUUGAUUUACAUGUUAAGAAUUCGGAUGUUCAAGACACGUCAAAUUUAUCAUUUACUUGGCAACGAUAUUCUAAGAAAAGUGGUCGAAUAAGUCUUGCACCAGAUGUUGCAUAUCGAAAUAGAUAUUUAGACGAAAUAGAACGAGAAAAAUUCAACAUCAAUAAUGGAAAUAAUCAAUGCUAUUCAAUAUCAUCUCGUAGUCAAAAAUCAUUUCAAUCGGAAUUCACAGAUGCAUUUUUAGAUCACAAAUUAAAAUCAUUAGAACAACAGAAUAGUUCUUAUAAAUAUUCAACAAUAUAUGAUUAUCUUCGUGCUUCUAUUCGAGAUAAUGAACAACGUCGAAAUUCGGCACAGCAAAAUCUUUCUCUACGUGUAAAACGUUCACAAAAUGAGGAUUACACUUUACGACGCGCAUUAGCAAAUAGAAAAUCUUCAAUAAGAAUAUCAACAUCGAGAAGCAGUUCGACUACAACGCAAUCAAUAUCAACGUAUCAGAAUAAAAACAUUAAAAGUCCGCAAAGUUUUGUUAACUACAUAAACUAUUCUCGUGUAGCUAAUUCAAUUAAAUCAAAUCAAACAUGA